AUGCAAGGAUUUUGUCGAUUUCCAUCAGCUGAAAGUAAGUUAUAGAAGGAACUUUAUGUUCAAGGGCUUUUAUUGGGUUUGAUAACUUAAAAAUAAUCUAAUAAGGUUGGCAUAACAUUUCUGAAUAUCUUUUGUUGUUUUUUUUUGUUAUUUAAAUGUGUGCUUGGUUAUCUUUUUAGUUAUUUAGUUGAAUCUAAAACAAUAUCCGCAAUACCGAAAAAUCGUCGUUAUUUGAUUUUAGAAUCGUCUGGUCCUGAUCAAAACAUGAAAACAGCUACUAUUGAUCAGUAUAUGGAUUCAACCCCUAUGAGUCUCUACAUGCAGUAUUAUGGUGCAGAAAAACCGCCACUGGAAGGUUUUUGCCGCUUUCCAAUGCCAAAUCGUAAGUAUUUUGAAGUUUUUGUUCUGUUUUUAGGAAGAUUUGGUUUCUUAUGUUUUAAUAGAUGGUGUUUAAGCAUUCUAAAACAAUUUUGGAACAAGUCGAGGUUUUAUUUUGUGUAAUGUUUAAGUUUUAGACGCGCCACUGCAGUACAAACAGCCAGAAUUGCCAUCUUUAUUUGACGAUCAAGAGCUACAACAGAAUGCCGUACUUUAUCAUUGUGAAGCACAUGAUUCUGAUGCUUACGGCAGAUAUCCAUUCACCUCUCCUGGAAAAUGGUCAGAGAAGUCGGUUGAUGGAGGUUUCGAUGAAUUGCGAGAGUCAGAGCACAAUGAUGAAAUGGACACGACUUUAACUCAAGAGAACGUUGAUGUUAUGGUUCAUCACGACUCGGGUAAUUCAACUGGAAGUUCGGAUUUAUCUCAGAGUGUUGAUAUGAAUGAUAAUGUGUUCAAAGACGAGGAUUUGGUCGAUGAGAACAGUAACAGUCGUAAAGAGGAUAACAAUACGAUGGAGAUGAAGGAUAAUGGUAUCCAGGUGAAGAACAACAUGCUCAAGAUGAACGGCCAUACGAUUGACAUGAACAGUAACAUGGUGAACAACAACAUGGAGGAGAAGAAAAUUGUUUUCAAGGAGAAUGGCAAUAUGAUCAAAGAAACUAGGAAUGCAGCCAUGGAGUUAUCAGACGUUGAAACAUACAAGUCUGAUGUCGAAAUUGAGCAUUUUAAAGUUGAAGAUGUGAAAAAGUACGAAAAACGUCUUGUAAGUUCAUAUCUAUAACAACUUAUAUCUAGUUUAAUGUUGAGCCUUUAAUAAGUUUAUUAUUACAUAUUGUGAUAAACGUUAUUUGGCUAGGGUAGUAUAAGCUUUUUGGCAGUAUUCAGGCUUUUAUUAUAAAGUUUUUUAGAAAUAUGCAAUGCAAAUGAUUAACGCUUUGUCAACACAUCGAGACAUGAUACCGCUAAGCAAAUUCAAGGCUUAUUUUGAACGUGAAUCAAGAUGUUGUCUAACUCAGAAGUUUGUAAGUUUUUUGUUUGACUUUUGCUUUUUUAGGUAACAUUAUUUAACCUUUUAUACGAAUUAUAAACUAUUUAUUACCUAAAAAUCAAAUUUUAGUUUCGAGAGACUUUUGCUCUGGACACGCCAAACAUCGUAUAUGCUCUUCACACCAUUCUUCCAAAUAUUUUUGUAUUUGGAGUGAGAGAUGACAAAGUGGCAGUAGCUGUAGUGGACAAUGGUAUGUUGUUUUAUGAUUUAAUGAAGGUUUUGUUAAGCUCAUUUAAAUUUAAAAAAUGCUGUCAUUGAAAGCUUUAUUGCUAGCACUGUUUAUGCAUAAGAUCUUUCAGCCUACGAAAUCUUUGAUAAGGAAUGCAAAAGAUUGAAGCACGAUCUAAUUCCGGAACUCGGAGACGCUCGUACUAACUUUGUAUACAAAAAGAUCAUUAAGCCAAUUAAAAAGAAGGCGCUCAAUAAGGAGAAAGGACUAGUCGAAUAUUAA